UUGUGUGAGGUUGGCAGACGUAACACAGACAGCCAAUGAUUGCGCAGUAAGCAGGAAUGACGUCACUAUCAGAGACACAAAUAAAAAUAACCACAUUUGUGGUUAUCAAUAGGGCCUUUAGCUAUGAAUAAAUGAAAUGGGUAUAAAGAAGUGAAACAACUAGGAUAAAUAAUACAUUUAUGCAGUCCAUUUGCGUAAUAACUAACACCGUGUAUACAUCAGCUACUUUGAUUCUUGACAAAGUUAGUCCUAACAUAACCUAAAUAGUCAGAAAAUGUCUGGACAUCAGUUGACGGUGGCGGAUGGAGCGUAUCGUGUGAUACAAGUUCCUGCGAGCAGCAAGCCGAGCGAAGUGGUGUUCGUGGUGGUCGGAGACGGGCCCGGGAAUGGAUUUUUGCGGGCGGGCAGCGCUCCUGAGACUGCGGCCACGGGGGCCGACCCGGGGCGCGGCGAGGCCCGAGGGGUGUCCCCAGUGGCUUCGAGCGAGAGUGGCGGGCCUGCGGGCGGAAACGCGGGCAGAGUGCCCGGGAGCGUGGGAAACAUGCCGUCCGGUGGCUCUGGCCCGACGACAUCCCCGAAGAGGCCGACUCCCCGGCCGGCGAGACGAGACCAGCCGGCAGAGCUGUUGAUAGACAACCAACUGCUCUCCUUCAUGAUCGAGAACGACAUAGGCGGCGUGACAAACCAGAUAAGCGGCGGGAUCUUGUGGCCCUUGAACGUGGGCAACGGGCACAGCCCGGACGGCCUCGCGGAGAACGGCUCGGCCCGAGAGAAGUUCGCGUGUCCGCUGUGCGCUGCGGAGUUCGCAAGCAGCCAGGCGCUCGGCGGCCACAUGAACAAGCACUCCGCCGCGAGCCGCCAGGCCAGGCUCGAGAAGCAGAGCGGCCUCGACGCGCACGGCAAGCAGUUCUCCCUGACGUGCCGCCUCUGCCCGGCCGAGUUCUCGACCCGGGAGCAGCUGUGGGCCCACACGCCGAGCCACGGGCGCACCAAGGCGUUCGCCUGCACGCUGUGCCCCGAGACGUUCACCCUGAAGUCGUCGCUGAUGGUGCACAUGAGGCGGCACACGGGGGAGAGGCCCUACCAGUGCCCGCUGUGCGGCGCGAGGUUCACGCAGGCCGGUGCGCUCAGGACGCACGUGCGGGCGCACGGCGAGAAGAAGCACGCGUGCACGGCGUGCCCCGCCCGGUUCCACCGCAAGAGCUUCCUGGACACGCACGCGCGCACGCACACGGGGGAGAAGCCGUUCCUGUGCUCGGAGUGCGGGGCCGCGUUCCCGCACCGCAACAACCUGCUGGCGCACGCCAGGCGCCACAGCGACCAGAAGCCCUUCCUGUGCGAGCGGUGCCCCGCGAGGUUCGCCCGGCGCGGGUACCUGGACGCCCACCGCCGCGCCCACGACGGCCGGAGGCCCUUCGAGUGCGCGGCGUGCGGCUCAGCGUUCUCCCAGAAGCAGUGCCUGGCCAAGCACCUGCUGCUGCACUCGGGCGAGCGGCCGCACGCCUGCUCGCUGUGCCCCGCCGCCUUCGCGCAGAAGUCCUCGCUCACCUUGCACGUGCGGUCGCACACGGGCGAGAAGCCGUACCGCUGCCCGUCCUGCCCCGGCGUCUUCAUGGCCCGGAGCGGCCUGAACCGGCACGUGCGGCGCAGGCACGCGCCCAAGUCCACCUUCUCCUGCCCGCUGUGCCCCACGGCCACGUUCAGCGCGGAGAACAUCAAGCGACACAUCAGGUCCCACAUCAUUUAAUACCUUGCAAAUACCUUACAGAUACCUUGCAGAUACAUUGAUCAUUUAAUACCUUGCAAAUACAUUAGAGAUACCUUGCAGAUACAUUGAUCAUUUAAUACCUUACAAAUACCUUGCCAAUACAUUGAUCAUUUAAUACCUUACAAAUACCUUGCAGAUACAUUGAUCAUUUAAUACCUUACAAAUACCUUGCAGAUACAUUGAUCAUUUAAUACCUUGAAAAUACCUUGCAGAUACAUUGAUCAUUUAAUACCUUGAAAAUACCUUGCAGAUACAUUGAUCAUUUAAUACCUUGCAGAUACAUUGAUCAUUUAAUACCUUGCAAAUACCUUGCAGAAACAUUGAUCAUUUAAUACCUUACAGAUACCUUGCAGAUACAUUGAUCCUUUAAUACCUUGCAGAAACAUUGAUCAUUUAAUACCUUGCAAAUACAUUAGAGAUACCUUGCAGAUACAUUGAUCAUUUAAUACCUUGCAAAUACAUUGGAGUCCUACUAGUCCGAAAAUCCGGCUAAUCCGAACAAGUUUAGGGCAUAUAGACAGACACACACACACACACACACACACAUACACACACGCGCACACGCACAGACACACCUAUGUAUUUAGUUAUCAUGUAACAUAGCCUGUAAUAUUUUUACAAGCAUGAAAUCACUAAAAUGUCGAUAAUUUGAUCAAGACAUCAAAAUUAAUUUUUUAAAUUACUAAAAAUUAUUUAUAUUUAUUUAAAAAAAAAUGAUUUUGAGAUCUGGAUCCAGUCAUCAACAUUUUAGUGAUUUCUUGCCUUGUACAAGUUUUAUAGGCUGUGUUAGAUGAUAACUAAAUGUUUACAGAGAUAUAUUUUACUACAUUGCAGUGUCGUUACAAAUCAAUUUUUACCAAGCAACAACAAAAGCUUUCAAAACUUGUUUGUACCCUUGAUUCCUUGCCCGAUGUUCCCUGAAAGUUCCGCCAGCUACUUUUGCGUCUGUUUCUCAGUUUGAUGACAAGAAGACUCAAUCCUGGAAUAGUCCGGAGUUGUUUUUUUUCCUUAGUAAAAAUUGGUAAACUUUGUGAAACUUA